AUUUACUGCAGUGCUGUUGUUGCCUUAUAUUGUGGCAACACAGUGCAAUGUGAUGUUAAGUUUUUUUGAAUAUUUGUGAUUGGAAAACUGGAUCUUAUCAGGCUCAGUAAUAGUUUACAUGUAUUAUAUGGUUUAUAGUUGCUUCAGUUUGACUGUCGACCUUUUCAGGAGGCGUCUGCCCUGCAUCUAUGAAAUUUGUAAAACUCUGACGAAAGUCAAUCAUCAUGAUUGCAAAAACUUGAAGAGUAAAGCCCAGGUUAACAGGAAUACUCGAAGCUGCUAGUGUUUAAAAUAGUAGAAAAGAAAAAAACGGAGUGUCCUUAAACAGCUGGUUUUUGCUGUCUACCAUCAACGGGUGGGUUUUAUUUUACUAUUAUCACUUGAACUAUGUUGAGUACUGUGUGUGAACAGGCAUGAAGACUGAAAGCAUGGGCGAACCAGUUAGCCUGGCUCUGUCCAAGGGUGGAAAAAAGUCCCCCAACCAGUGCCUCUAAACCUCGCUAAUUAACACGUCAGUGCUAGAAGUAUUCAGAUCUUUCACUUAAGCAUAAGUAUUAAUACCACACUGUUAAAAUACUCAUUACAUUACAAGUAAAAGCCUGAUUACUUCUCUUAUUAAAAAAGGCUCAUCACAAUUACAUAGAGCCCAAAGUGACACUUUCUAACUGAGUAACUAAUUCAAAUUUUGAUUAAUACAUUCAGUAUAAUCCAAGUUUAAAACAAAAUAAACACCAAAACAAGCAGGUAAACAGCUACAUACUCAUUUUGAGUCUGAACUAUAAACUGAUACCUGAUCAAACUUGAAACUUGGAAAUCAUCUGGGAUGGCAACUCCUAGGUUCAGGUUUUCCAGGUAACAUUUGUAUUGAUUAUAAGCAUCUUCAAAUGUAACUGUCUGAAAGACACUUGAUGUAUUUCCUAAGUUGAUUUCCUUAUUUGUAUCAUUCGUCAUUCUCUUCUUAGUUUUAUUCUCUUAGUGCACCGUCUCUACCAUCCAGCAGUAUUCGAGGCUUUGGUAACUAAAAUCCUGUUAAUGUUUUAAAUUGGGGUUUCGGUUGUGUUUUGUGAUGUGAGUCUAUCUGAUAGGAUCUGUUGCGUGUAAGGGUAACUCCCAUGAAGGAUGACGGACUGAGACUACAUUGCAGCUCCAUGGGUGUUUCCCCUUAAUUAACUAAAGCCUUAGAAAUGAGACUGGUUGGUUGUGGUUUGUGGCUGAGGCAGACGCUACUUACUAUGUUAGAGGAAGAGUUAGUUACACUUUGCAUGUAGUCGUGGUGCCUCUGAGGCUUACUGUCCUGCAGCAGCAUUUUCUCAGAAGUGCGCUUAUACUGAAAGAUAUUUUUGGCUAUACAGGGUAAGCAUAUGCGUUACUAUCAUGUAGUGAUUGUAAAUUAAGUGGUGAAAAUCUGGUGAAGAUGGGUAAUCACCUGGGAUGGCAACUCCCAGGUUCAGGUUUUCCAGGUAACAUUUGUAUUGAUUAUAAGCAUUUUCAAAUGUAACUGUCUGAGAGUCGAUGUAUUUCCUAAGUUGAUUUCCUCAUUUGUAUCAUUCGUCAUUCUGUUCUUAGUUUCAUUCUCGUGCACCGUCUCUACCAUCUAGCAGUAUUUGAAGUUUUAGUUGCUGUGUUUUAGACCUCAGGCCCCCAGUGAUGGCAACAAAAGUCAUUCUCCAGCACCUGAUCAAAAAUCCUGACAGACUUAACAGUUUAGUGAAUGAAGCCAAAGAGCUGGCUCUUCAACUUGGGAUUAUACAGCGGACACAUGAGAACCCCAAUUCAUCUGAGGUGGUGACCUAUGCCCCGUUCACACUCUUCCCCACACCUGUGCCCAAAGCUGCCCUCCUCCAGGCUCUGGCAGUGCAAACUCACUUCAACACACUGGUGAACAAAAUCAGCCAGGACCCCGACUUUCUGGAAGAGGCGCUUGCAGGUACUAUCCAGGCAGAUGAUUUCACAGCUAAGUUGAUUGGCAUAUACAGAGAAGUGCAGCAGGAGGGUCGGACACAGUCUAUUGUGGUGGGAUUGAUCCGGUCUGACUACAUGGUGGAUCAGAGGGCAGAUGGAUCAUCCUCCUUGAAGCAAAUAGAGAUCAACACUAUUGCUGCUGGUGGUUUUGGUGUGUCUGACCGUCUCCCUGCUGUGCACAGGCAUGUAAUGAAGUCAGUUGGUCUGUUGGAAGAGAGCAAGUGUAUCCAGGACACCAACAGGACACCUGGAAUGAGCGCCGCUCUCGCCAAGGCCUGGGAGCUCUAUGGCCAACAGAAGGCAGUAAUUCUAUUUCUGGUCGAGGAUGUCCAGAUUAGCAAACUCAGUCAUCGUUACAUUGAGAGAGAGCUGUGGAAGAGAAAUAUUCCCGUUAUCCGCAGAAGGUUUGAGGAGGUGUCCAGAAAGGGAUUUCUAGAUGGUGACAAAAGAUUGUUUAUAGAUGGGCUGGAGGUAGCUGUGGUUUACUACCGCUAUGGCUACAUGCCAGACAACUACACUGAACGGACCUGGGAUACUCGUCUUCUGAUGGAGCGCUCUCUGGCUGUGAAAUGUCCAGACAUCGCCACUCACCUGGCUGGAACCAAGAAGGUCCAGCAGGUGCUCGCAAGACCUGGAGUUCUGGAGAAAUUCUUCCCCGAUCAGCCUCAGGUAGUGGAGCAGAUCAGAGCAACGUUCGCUGGCCUCUACACUUUAGACAUGGGUCCAGAAGGUGACCGGACAGUGGCCAUGGCUUUGGCCAGCCCAGAUGAGUUCGUCCUGAAGCCUCAGAGAGAAGGAGGGGGGAACAAUUUUUUCGGAGAGGACAUUGUCCGAGUGCUACAAGAGGUGAAACGUGACAAAAGGAGAGCUGCUUACAUUCUGAUGGACAGGAUCCGACCAAGAACGGAGCAGAACAUCCUGCUGAGGAAAGGACUUCCACUCAAACUCGCCUCUGUUUGUUAUGAAAUAGGAGUUUGUGGAGCCUAUUUGAGGCACGGACAAGAAAUGGUCCUUAAUGAGGCUGUUGGUCACAUUUUAAGGACAAAGAGUGUCGAACACAAUGAUGCAGGGAUAAUUGGGGAGGUGACUGUGUUUGACAAUCCUCUUAACAUCUAAACAUUUCUUAUGGCAUCUGUAGUGGCCCUGAGAGAUCAAAGCUCAACAACUACUGAAACAUAUCCACACAGACACAACCUAGUCAAAUGCAAAAAUAUCUUCAUCAAUUUGAUAACAUAUGCACAGUAUUUAGAAAAACACUCUACCAAGUGAGAAAACAGAUUCUGUUACUGGUUCUCUCUUCUGUUUUUGCAGCAUGUUUUUGUAUUUGCUUGAGUUUUAUAUAUUUAGAAGUGUUUCUUGUAAAUUCCACACAUGUUGAUUCAGAGGUUUUCUUAAUUUUUCUGUGUUUUUAUCUAUUUGCAUGCAUUCUCUAAGUUGCAGUGGGUUGAGCUCUCAGGGCCAUCAUAGCAGGAUAUGCAGGAAGUGAAAAAUUAACAAAAUUAAAUGACUGGCUCUCCUAUCGCUCUAGGAGAUCAAGUAGUGAAAAGAAAGGAAACAUGCUUAUUUUCUGGAGCUAGCUUUAGCUCCUCUGUUGUUUUCAUUCAUAUAAGAAAUAUAGAAAAACCUUUAAUCCAAAUGCAGCAGCUUGCAUUUUUACAGGCUGACAAAACGCUAAUUAUACACACAGUAAGCGCACACUAGGAGAUCUGUAGAGUUCAUAACAGGCCAGCAAGGCAGCAGGGUUCGUGUCAGUUGUUGUGCAUCCUGCUUACUGUGCAUGGCAAUGGCAUAUACAGAUACUUUAAGAUUCAACAGUGCAAGGAGGAGACAUGGAGCCAUAGUUCCCCAUAUGCCUCACUAAUAACUCACUAAAUUAGUCAUAAUGCAAACCUUGAUUUUAACUUAAAUGUUCUGAACAUAUACAUACUUUAAAACUCUGACUUAAAAUGACAGCUGUCUGCUGGUGGCAAAAGUAUUCAGAUCCUUGGGAGAAGUACCACUACAACAAUAAAUAAAUACUUAAGAACGAUUUUGAUUUGAAGGACUUUCACUUUACUAAAAGUAAAAAAAAAAAAAAAAGUAAUAUCAGGAAAAUAUACUUAAAGUAAAAGUAUGAGUAAAAUGGACACUGACUGAUAUGAUGACUUAUCUUAGAAUAUUGUUAACACUGAUGCUGCAAUGUAUAAACAGCAUUUUACUGUUGCAGCUGGUUGAGGUGGAGCUAGUUUUAACAACUCUAUAUACUGUAAAGAAGUUUAAUCCAGUGGUUCCCAACAUAGGGGUCAGGUCCCUUUGAAGACUCAAAUGUGUAUUCAUUUUUCAGAAUCUUACACAUUAAGAUUAGACAAAAAUUUGAUCAUUUGACCCCUCUGGACCUCAAAGAGUUAUUUAAAUGAAACCAUCUGAGAAGUUUAGAGUGUAAAUCUUUAUAAGAACUGCUAACAGUUCACAGACAUCUAUGGUUACAAGUGGCUCCAAGUGGACACAGCUUUUCAAUGAGAGGUCAAAGGCCAAAAAGGACGGGAAUCACUGGUUUAAUCUUAACAAUUCAUUGUGUUUUAUAAGUUUGUCAUUUGUUUUUAAGUCAAGUUAAGUCAUGUUUGUUUAUUAAGUUUGUUUAAAACAACCAGAGUUGACCAAAUUUCAGUACAAUAACAUAGCAUAAAGAGAGAUAAAGUAGCAUAACAUGUAACUAGACAAAAAGAAACAACAAACAAAAGAGAUAACUUAGAGAUGGCAUUAACAAAAUUAACCCAAAGGCAUACCUAAACAAGGAACAGUUAAAAAUAUUAAAAAAAAAAAAGUGAAAAAAUAAGCCCUUAAAGACACUCAAAAGCCUGAAAAACAGGUGGGUCUUCAGUUUUGCCUUAAAAGUGUAUUUAGAGACAGAACACUGAAUUGUAAAUGGUUAACUAUUCCAAAGCUUUGGGGUGGCUACAGCUAAUGCAUGAUUGCACUUACCCCUUAGCCUAGACCAAGGGUCAGCCAGGUGAUGCUGGUCUCACGAUCUAAGAGAUCUGGAAAUGGAAUCGAAGCAGAGGAGCUCAAAUGUGCUUGGGUACUAGGAAAUUUAAAGCUUUACGAAUAAAUAAAAGAACCUUAAACUCAAUCCUAUGCAAGCACAGGUGAGAUACUCUGUCUCACCCUGGUUCCAGUUAGCAGUCUAGCAGCAGCAUUCUGCACCAGCUGCAAAUGAGACAAAGAUGACUGGCUAAUGCCCAAUUAAAGAGUAAUACCGUAAUCCAGCUGAGAGGAAAUUAAGGUGUUUGAGACAAUCUUCAGGUUAUUAAAAGAGAGGAAAAGUAUGAGUUCAGCGAUAUUUCUUAGCUGGAAAUGGCAACUUUUGACAACAGUGUUAACUUGUUUAUCAAAUUUUUAAGCUGGAUCAAAGAUAAAACCAAGAUUUUUGGUCUUGGCAUGUAGGUGAGGCGCCAGGGGCCCUAAGAAAUUUGAUAUACCCAUGAUGGAGUCGGACAGACCAAACAAGACCACUUCAAUCUUUAAUUUAAGACAGUUAAUUGCCAUCCAAUAUUUCACAUCCUGGAGUUAGUCAAGGAGAGACCUUACUCAGUUGUUAUUAUUAUUGCCAGAUUCCAAUAGGAGGUAUUGUAUUUUUGGAAGAUUUUUGGAAGGAAGCAUGUAUAAAGUGAAUAAAAUGGACCCCAGAACGGAGCCUUGGGGUAUUCCGCAGGUGAUUGGAGCAGAUGAGAAGAAGAGGUUUCCAGAUUUGACAGACAGAGAUUUGUCUUUUAGGCAGGAGGUGAACCACUGGAGAGCCCUACCCUGGAGACAACCUGACGCUCAAGACAGUUCAGGAGAAUAGAAUGGUCAACUGUAUCAAAGGUGGAGCUAAGGUCUACUAAAAUUAGUAGGGCACAUUUGCCAGAGUCACAAGACAGCAGUAGGUCACUGGAACCUUUAAGUAAAGCUGACUCUGUGCCGUGCCGUGUGCUGAAACUUGACCAAAAUUUGCCCAUAAUAUUGUUAUUUUCUAGGAAGGACACGAAUUGAGAAUAAACUAUUUUUUCCAUGACUUUGGAUAACAAUGGCAAUUUAGAAAUAGGCCGGAAGUAAUUUAGAUCUGUUGCAUCUAGAUUAGGCUUUUUGAUAAUGGGAUGAACCACAGCAUGCUUAAAGCAAGAGGGAACAGAGCAACUACAUAGACUACUAUUAAGAAUGAGUGACAUUGUAGGACCAACAGUGUCGAACACUUCCUUCAACGGACAUGUAUGAAAAAUGUCAAGGGGACAAAUAGUCGGCUAGGUGUGCGAGCCUACGUCUUUAAUAUGAACAAGGGACACUGGCUCAAACUCACUUAGGACAGCAGAGUGAAGAGUGGGGACUGAGAGGUCAUAGGCAGGAAGUGAAAUAGCAGAUUGGAGAGUAUCAGCUUUGUUCAUGAAAAAAUUUGAAAAGUCAUUGCAAGUGACAUUGGUUGGCUGAGGGCAGGCAGUGGCAGCAGGGUUAAGGAUAGUAUUUUUGUGAUUAACAGGAGAGUUUCUCAUGUCAGGCUUCAUGUCAUGAGAGAGCUGAAGCCUGUCUUUCUCCCAUUUUCUCCCUGCUUUCCCACAUAAGUGCCUGAGAAUGCGGGUGUCAUUGUUGACCCAGGGUUGAGUUUCAGUUUUAUGUUUUCUGAUCGUGAGUGGGGCAACACAGUCCAAGAUGGCUACACAAGGGGAUUACCUCCUCUGUGCACCGGGCAGAGAGAUGGGCCUCACUGUCGCAGCAUAGGGAAGAAGCUAUGUAAGCAUCAGUGGAAGUGCUAGAUGUAGAAGGGUUUAUUGUGCGCGAGUAGGAAGCAGGUAAUUAAGGUUUGGGAACAGUAUGAAACAUGGUGGCAAACCUGAUGCACAAAAGAUCUGAAAUCCCCAUCUGCUCCAUUGCCAGAGAGGGAAUUUUCAGACCAAGUGUGAAAACAAAAUCUAAUGUUUGGCCACAGUCAUGAGUUGGGCCAGAAACUAACUGUACAAAAUUAAAAGAGUUCAUAAUAUCAAGAAAUUCAGUGGCUUUGAUGUAAAAUAAUGUAAUAUUACUGUAAAAAAAAUCUAUUGGAGUAAAACUUACAAUAAAACUUACAAUAUUUCCCAUUUCAAUUUUCCCAUUGAAAUCUAGUGGGAUAGAAAUACAAAACAAAAUAAAAAUGGAAAUACUCAAAUGAUGUACAUGUAACUCAAAAUUAUACAAGUAUAGUACUUGAGUAAAUGUUCUUACUUUCCCACACUGUCUGUCUGAAUUGU